UCCAGGGACCAUUGCUGAGGCAGCAGCCCUCAGCAAUCUAUUAUUGUAAGAAGAACAAAGAGCGGCGUCAUAUCCGUUGAGUGAGUCCGCUGGACGAGAUGAACCAAUGGGCGAAGAGGACUCAGGGUCGAUAGAUAAAGAAAAAGAAAAAGAAAAGGGAUUUGUUUUGUUUACCGAUUCGUGGUGCCGAGGGACUUGCUCUCGCUGCUCCGUGCAGAGCAAACGACGACGACUCGAUUCGUCGGGAGAUACGAUCUAUUUAAUUGAAAAGAAAAUAAAAUCGGUUUGUGCAGAAAGAUUAGCGGGUCUGAUAAGGAAGGAAGCAAAGAUCGUCCGAGCACACUCGCACACGCUCACAUACACACACACGCCGCACCUUCAAAGGCCACUCUCCGGGAAGAAAAGCAAAAAAAUGUCUGCUGCCUCAGAAGGAUUCAAAUAUGACUUACUGCACAAUGGUGCCUGUGAUGUUCUCGAUAAAUUUUCCAAUGCUGGUGCCGCCGAAUUUCUGGACCAGCCAUGGCUUCUGGGCACCAAAGCUGCUGUCUGCUGCAGUGGCAUUGUUGGCACGGGAUUCAAGCUCCAUGUGGGGAGGGAGGGAUCGUCUGAGGGGGGAGGGAGUCAUGGAAGGCAUUGUUGUUUUGAAUGAGGAGCCUGUUGUGUUGGAAUGGGUUUGUUGAAUGCAAAUGGAAGAGUUGGGAGGGUGCAGCUGUUGAAGUCUGAGGGCGGAGAGUGGGGUGUGUGCAAUUGGAGACGAGGGAAGGGUCCGGCGGUUGAGCGCAAGGGGCAAAGGGGGGGGGAAGGACUUUAGGCAGGGGCAAGCAGGUCAA